UUGCAUCAACGAUCCAAAGAAGCAAUGGCUAUUAAGUUUAUCGUAGUGCUCGCCUUUGUGGCCGCAGUUCACAGUUCAGUGGUGCCUGCAGCAUUAGUCGCGAAAGCAGACGAUGACUAUACUAGCUUUGGUUACGACGUGGCUGAUCCUGCAACCGGGGACUACAAACAUCAGGAGGAGACUCGCGUCGGUCGAACAGUAAAGGGCCAGUACUCUUUUCUAGAAGCUGACGGUACUACACGUAUUGUAGACUACACCGCUGACGUUAAUGGUUUCCAUGCGGUUGUAAGACACGAGCCAGCUGUUGUCACUACAAAAGUUGCGGCUCCUACAGUAGUUACUAGGCGAGCUUUAUCUCCUGCGAUUGUCACUACACGCGGCAUAAGUUCACGUCCAGUCCAUAACAUUGUUGCCCCGGCAGUGUAUACAGCUGCACCGUCUGUUUACACUACCAAAACUUUUGCCACCCCCUUUUAUUACACUCGUUUACCUCAUUCCUACUCCUACCGCUCUUACUAA